AUGGCGACGAGCGAAUGUGUGGCCGUCAAUCUCAUUCUUCAAAUGUACGGUGAUUGGACAGAACUACUGGAAGUUCGUAUUAUUUAUUCCUGCAUCUACACACUCAUAUUUGUGUGUGGAGUAAUUGGUAAUGGUCUACUAAUCAGCAGUAUCAUACUUCGUAAACGACUAACGGUCGCCAAUGUGUUUUUAACAAAUUUAGCUGUUUCGGAUCUUAUCUUAUGCAUAACAUCGGUUCCAAUCACACCUGCUCUAGCAUUUAUGAAAAGAUGGACUUUUGGAAUACUGUUGUGUAGAGUUGUUCCAGCAAGCCAAGCUCUUUCCGUUUUAAUUUCGUCUUGGUCUUUGUGUUUUAUUGCUGUAGACAGGUAUAGAAGUAUUGUAACCCCGUUACAGGAACCAUGGAAUUUGAAACGAGCACGAACAAUAUUAGCUGCCGUUUGGGGUUUAGCUAGUGUUGCUACAUAUCCAUUAUUUCAAGCCCAGUCACUAAAAACUCUCACAAUGGGGAUGGGAACAGAGAAUAUAACUUUAUGUGGAGAGUUCUGUGGAGAGUUUAAUUGGGAAGAAUACGAAGGAAGCAUGAAAGUUAUGUAUGGAAUUGCUCUCUUACUUCUACAACUUUUAAUUCCUUCCAUAAUUAUGUCAUUCUGCUAUUGGAAAAUUUUGCAAAAGGUACGAGCUGAUUGGAUUGUUGAAGAAGGCAGUAUGCUAACUGCUGCACAACAAGCACAAACGUCAGUUCGAAAACGAAGAGUCAUGUAUGUCCUAAUUCUGAUGGUUGUAGUUUUCAUGGCAUGUUGGCUGCCUCUUUCAGCUGUUAACCUCAUCAAAGACUUAGGAAUUCCAGUUAUAUUGGAACAAAUGUAUUUUAAACUUUUAAAUGCACAUGUAAUUGCAAUGACCUCCAUCUUGUGGAACCCUCUUUUGUACUUCUGGAUGAGCAAACGACAUCGUAGAGCUUUGAAAGAUGAUAUGACAUGGUUAACUAAUGCUCGUCGUCAUACAAAUGUUGGUGUUCUUUCUCGAUUUGCUCCAUCACCAUCUGUGUCUGUUAUUUAUCGUCGAACUCUCGAAAGGCAUUUAGGUGUUAAUAAUUUCCGACGUGGUACGUUGGCCGAUCCAACUUGUAUGUCACGAGAACGAGCACCUGAUCUCCAUUCGAACUGCUUCUUGUUGGUGCCAUUAAUGCCUUUAUGUCAAAAUGUUUCUCGAAAAAACAGUCAUCUCUCCAUUGAUCCGGAAAGUCAUAGAAGACUGGUUUUAACUCCAAGUCGUCGACCCAGCAGUACAAAUACCAAUACAACACGAGAUUGGUGA